AUGGAUAUGAUUCUGGCUUUAAGGUUCUUGCAAUUGCUGACUGGAGCAGUGGCUUUCAUGAUACAACAGCAACCACAUAUCUCUCCUCCAAAGAAUUCACAUUUUAGGGAUCUAGUUUGGGGUGACUUGAACUUUAUUCAUACUACUGAUACACACGGCUGGCUAGCUGGACAUUUAAAUCAAAAGCAGUAUAGUGCUGAUUGGGGUGAUUUUAUUUCUUUCACUACUAAUUUACAUGAAAUUGCCAAUGCAAAGGGCAAAGAUUUAUUAUUGAUUGAUACAGGGGAUAAACACGAUGGUAAUGGAUUGAGUGAUGCAACAAGACCAAAUGGAAGAAAAUCCACACCAAUAUUCAAUAAACAAAAUUACGAUCUAGUAACUAUUGGAAACCACGAACUAUAUUAUGAGGAUUAUUCAAUUCAAGAGUUUGAAGUCUCCGUAAAACGAUAUGGUGAACAUUAUGUUAGUUCAAAUGUGGAAUUUAAAACAGACAAUGGUCAAUGGCAACCAUUUGGUUCAAAAUAUAGAUACUUCGAAACUAAAAACCAGCGCUACAGGGUUCUAUCGCUCUCAUUUUUGUUUGACUUUAAAAGAUUUAAUUCAAGAACUAAAGUAUUCCCAAUAAAAGAAGCUAUCGAGCAAAAUUGGUUUAAAAAUGUUACAUCAACUUUUACACAGGAUGAUUUAGACUUUAUUAUCAUUUUUGGUCAUAUACCUGUUACAGAUCUUGAACAUGAAGAGCUAUUAUACCUACAUAUUCGAUUAAGACGUAUUUAUCCAAAGUUAAUUAUUCAUUAUUUUGGAGGUCAUUCUCAUAUUAGAGAUUAUUCUAUUUUAGAUCAUAAAGCUGCAGGAUUACAAAGUGGUAGAUAUUGUGAAACAGUAGGUUGGGCUUCAGUCAAUAUUACAGAUUACGAUCAUCCAAAAUUCACAAGAAAAUAUAUUGAUUUCAAUAGAGAAAGUUUCAUUCAUCACUCAUUCAAGAGUAAAAGUAAUUUUGAUACGGAUGAAGGCCUCGAGGUUUCCAGAUUAAUAAAAGAUACUAGGAAAAAAUUGAACUUAACAUUUAGUUUUGGUUACGUUCCAAAAAAUUACAUGUUGAAUGAGCACCAAUAUGGGCACCCUACUAACCUUUAUACAUUUUUGAAUAGCUCAAUUUUACCAACUUUAGAAAAUACAAUUGACCGGGACGUUACCAAAACAAAUAGAAUAAUUCUAAUCAAUUCAGGAAGCAUACGUUACGACCUUUAUAAAGGCAACUUUACUACCGAUACACAAUUCACAAUAUCCCCUUUUGAAAAUAGCUGGAAUUUCAUUAAAUUACACAAAGAUUUGGCCUUUAGACUUGAAUCAUAUUUGAACGAUCAAGCAUUUUUCAUGACAACAAAUGAGCUGGCAUCACCGGAGAAAACUACUAUUGGGUUUAAGCUUGAACAACGAGAUAAAUUUGACCAAUUAUUAAUAGAUCAAAAGCAGAGUCACGUCAAAGUACCACACCAUUCUUGUCCUUUUGUUAAAGAAUCCUAUUUGAAAAAAGGCCAAACAACUUCGGAUGAUUUAGGUUGUAAUGGGGAUGAUGUUUCGCAUAACUCCAUUCAAUAUCAUCCUUCACCAAACGUGGUUCAGACUUAUCAAGAAUUUGUACCAGGUAAAGAAGAUGUAGAUGUCGUAUUCUACAGCUUCAUUGAACCAUAUUUGAUUUCAGCUAUCAAUCUUUUGAAUCAUCGUCAUAAAGUACUUGAAAGAAAUAUUACAAGUAGUGAUAUCCAAUAUUAUGGAGGUGAAAGUACAGGGACAUUGUUGCGCCAAUACGUCCAAAAUCAUUGGUCAUGA